AUGGACCAAGAUGAAGCACUUUCAAAUUUGAAUGAUUACAACGAAAUCCUUCAAUCUGAGGUCUAUGUUGAUCUUGAACGUCUUCGGAUUCUCGCGCGCCAUGGAAUACCCACGCAAUUACGCGGGGAGGUCUGGAAAUACCUUUUGGGUGUAGAGCAAGCUGACAGAUCCAAAGAACUCAGCAACUCAAAGACUCGCACAAAUGAAUACCAACAAAUGGAUAAAAUCGACCCAGAAGUAUCAAAACGUAUCCGGGGUGAGGUUUCACGGUACCAACGCAGAGUUCCCGAGCUAGACAAUAAGCGCUACGCGGAGACAUUUGAGAACAUCAUCAUUGCCUAUUUGAAUACCAACCACGACAUUGAAUACAACCCUGCAUUGGUUUCCCUCUGUGCACCCUUCAUUUACGCACUUGACAAGGAGUGUGACGCUUACUUUUGUUUUGAGCGUAUGAUGCAAGCUAUUGAGGAGUACGGUGUUAAUAAUCCACUCAAAGAACGAGUAGCAAGUUUCAUGACCUUAUUUCGCUAUGUAUUACCUGAGCUGUGUAAUUACUUUGAAGAAGAAGAGGUUGACUUGAACGAAUGGAUUACUUCAUGGCUACAACAUCUACUAGCCAAGGAGAUGCAGUUUGAAAACUUAGUUCGGUUGUGGGAUUCCUAUUUUGCCAUGUCAGAUCCUCUUGAGUUUCACCCGUUCCUCUGCCUGUCCAUAUUGAGAAAUGCCAAAGAGAACCUUGAAGAUCUCGAACAGUCCGAGAUUAGAACUGUACUUCUCCGUCUACCGCCCAUGAACAUGAGCAUGGUUAUAGCAGAUGCUUUUAAUUUGAGGCAUGAAACCUUGGAGCGACAAAUGAUAGAAGACGAGGAUUUGUAAUGUCUAUCUGCUGGUAUCGUUUCUAUUUUUCUUUUUUCUUCUCUCAUUCCUAUUCCUAUUCUUAUUUUUCUUUCUCUUCUCCUCUUUCUUCAUAUCUCUCUCACACAUACUCUCUCUCUUUCUUGCUCUACCUCUUCCUUCCUUGCUCUUUCUCUCUCUCUUUCUCGCUCUCUCUCUUUCUUUCUAUUGUGCUCUCUAUCUCUAUCGUCAAUUAUAUCUUAGUUGAGAAGCUCGUCCUCCUUCCUUCCUCUACUAUUUAAAUCUUCCUCUUUCCCCUUUCCCUUUCCCUAUCCCCCCACUCUCCCACCUUCAAUUUCUCCCACUCACCCCUUUUUCCUUCUGCCUCCCCAUUCUUUCUCAGAGCGAGUUUUUAAGUCUCAUUCUGUAUU